UGCCUCUGAGGCUCUGACCUCACAUGAGAGGUCAGGAGGAAGAUAUCCUGAGACUCCUCCUGGGGAAUUUACACCUCCAGCCCCAGCUGUUCAUCUUCUCGGUGCUUUGGUCCGACGGCAAUGACAGCCUCAUCUACAGGACCUUCCAGGAGUUCCGCCAAUUCCACAAAACGCUGAAGGACACUUUUCCCUUGGAGGCAGGUUUGCUGAAGAGUUCAGACUGUGUCCUCCCCAAGUUUCAAGAUGCCUUAGUACUUCUCCCCAGUGGAAGGACACGGAAAGGACUGGCCAGGUUACGGCUGUUGGAAGCCUAUUCUCAGCAACUUCUGAGGGUCACAGAGACAGUGUCUCAAAGUGAGGUGGUCACUGGCUUUUUCCAGCCCCAGCCUGGGGACCUGGAGCCUGUCCUGCCCCAGAACAGCCUGGUGAUCAUGCCCUCCCCUUGGGAGAGGCCAGAACAGAGUCCAAAGAAGCCCCCGGCCCUAGAGCCAGACAUCUACAACCUGGAGGCCCAGACUUUCCGGUGCCUUGAUAACUUCAGCACUCAGGACACCAGGGGCAGGCUCUUUAAGGCUGGAGCUGGAGAAGAGUUAGAUGUGUUGCUUAAAGAACCCACAGGCUGGUGGCUGGUGGAGAAUGAGGACAGGCAGAUAGCUUGGUUUCCUGCACCCUACCUCGAGGAGGUAUCUCCAAGAGAGGGAUGUGAGGAGAUGCCUCAGACACCCUGCAGUGGGCUGCCGUUCUGUACCACCGGAGCUUACGUAAGCAGCCGGGAAGACGAGCUGUCUGUGCCUGCGGGGGCCCGUGUCACUGUGCUACAGGAGUCUGAGUGCGGCUGGUGGCAGUGCAGGUACCUUGGCCGCCUGGGGCUGCUACCUGCAGUGCUGCUCUGCCCGGACCCCGUGAACGCUAGUGGGCUGGGCAUGCUCCUGAACGCGACCCGGGCCAACCUAGACCCAGAACCCUCCAGCGGAACUGAAGCCGAACCUGAGGAGGGGCGCCUCCACCCGCACCCCCAGCCUGCUCCGCCCACCAACCUAAACUCAAGCUCAGACUCGGGCUCGGGCAGUGACAACGGGGAGAGCAGCGCGAUGGCGGCCCCUGGCUCUGGACCUGUCGUGCCCGCUCGGCCCAGGCGAGGGGACAUCCUGCGGAGCUGCUGCUCAGUGACCCGCAAGGCCCUUUUUCGUCCAGUGACACGGAGGUCUCCCGUGCCCACACUGGAUUCUGGGCUAGAGAUCCCUGCACCAGCCCUACCCUCGGCCAAGCCAUGCCUAGCCAGCCCUGCUUCUUAUUCCUCCAAACUGCCUGGCCUAGACUCCCAGAUAAAUUCUUUGGAUGCCAGGCUGUGAAGUCCUGCCCUCUCCCGUGCCCUGACCUCUGGCUUUGUGUUAGAAGGCCUCGUCCCUGUGGGACUAAGUACUCAAUGGUUUUGUUUAAAAAAAUUUUUUUUGUACGUGUGAAUAAAGGAUCCUUUCCAAGAGCUGCCUGAUUUCUCCCUUCCUCACCUCCAAAGCAAAGGCUUGUGGCACCAACCUUGUGUUUCUGCCCCAUGUGUAACCUUAGAUCCACUUGCUUCCUCCAUAAAAAAGACCCAAGUUCAAAUUCUACUCUGCCACUUUCUGCCCUUAUAACCUCAAUCAAGUCAUCUGUCUCCCUGGGCCUGAGUUCUCUCAGACAAUGAGAGGCCUGUGUUAAAUGGUUUCUUACGGCCAUGAUCUAUGCCUCCCCUGAGCUCCUGGAACACUCAGGCAGGUUUCCCAGUCUGGUUUGAUGUCCUGUAAAACACCCAGAGUAUGCACUCCCUGAGGGAAGGGUCUGGAUCACAGAUUUAGAGCAGAAAGUCAUCUAG